AUGCCUGGAUAUUCUGACUGCUUCGAAGUCAGCCCUCUCUGUCCGGUGGAGGCCACUACCUACGGCUACUAUCCAAACUUUGGGGGCAAUGUCUUCUUCUCAGUGUUCUAUGGCGUGCUGGGAAUCUGCCAACUCGGCCUGGGCAUUUACUUUCGGACCUGGACAUUCAUGACGGCGCUCGGAAUCGGCGCGUUGAUGGAGAUGGCGGGAUACAUCGGCCGAGUCUUGAUGAACGACAACCCGUGGAGCGCCCCCGCAUUCAAGCUGCAAAUCGUGUGUCUUGUACUGGCGCCGACGUUUGUGGCCGCUGGCAUUUACCUGACCCUCAAGCACAUUGUCCUCGCCCUCGGCCCUCAGCACUCAAAGCUCAAGCCGCGACUGUUCACCUGGAUCUUCAUUGGUUGCGAUGUCGGCUCCUUGCUCUUGCAGGCUGCGGGUGGUGGUGUUGCCGCUGCUGCAGGCAAAACCGACCAGGCGAUGUUGAAGGCGGGUGACGACAUCAUCAUCGCUGGUAUUGCAUUCCAGGUCGCGACCAUGGCCGUCUGUGGCUUUGUCGCGCUACAUUUUUUCUGGACGGUCUCACGCCAUGGCAAUGGUCUGGAAGGGGAGAAAGCCACGGAGACGACCACCACUGUGCCUCGCAUUCGCAUGCAAAUCAUUCUCGGUGCGGAGAUCUUUGCUUACUUCACCGUGCUGAUCCGUUGUAUCUAUCGUAUCCCCGAGAUGGCAGGUGGUUGGGGAAACCCCCUCAUGCAAAAAGAGGACGAGUUCCUCGUAUUGGACGGAAUGAUGAUUGCUCUGGCCUGUCUAUCCUUCACCCUCUUUCACCCAGGCCUUUUCCUUCCGUCGAUGCGCACCCGUUACAAGAAACGUGGCUAA